CUAAGAGGACCGUAGAAAAGCCCUCCUCCUCGUUCCAUAAAAUCUCAGAUUCCUCGUCCUCGUCCUCGUCCUCGCUCGCUCUCUCUUUCUCUCUCAUCGCCGCGCCGGCCGCCGGUCCUCCCGCCCCUCCGAUCCGACCCCGCCGGCCUCCGCCGCGAGUCAGCAAACAAGAAGGCAAGCGGUGGUAAUGUGGAUGGAUAAUGAUCAUAAAGACGGAUAAUAUGCCUGCUCCAUCCUGGGAGCGUGCACAACGACUCUAUGAAAAGAACAUUGAGUUGGAUAAUAGGCGUCGGAAGUCUGCCCAGGCACGAAUUCCAUCUGACCCAAAUGUAUGGCAACAGAUGCGUGAGAACUAUGAAGCAAUAAUUCUUGAGGAUCAUACAUUUUCAGAGAAACACAAUAUCGAGCAUGCUCUAUGGCAAUUGCAUUACAAGAAAAUUGAGGAAUUGAGAGCACACUUCAGUGCUGCUCAAGCAUCUGCAAAUCCAAAUGCAUCAGUCAAUGGGAAAGGACCCUCCUCUCGUCCAGAUCGAAUAACGAAAAUAAGAUUGCAUUUUAAGAAUUUUCUUUCUGAAGCAACUGGGUUCUACCAUGAUUUGAUCUUGAAAAUCAGAUCAAAGUAUGGUCUUUCUCUUGGUUACUUCGCUGAGGAUGUAGACAGCAGACUUUUGUCCGAGAAAGAUGGAAAAAAUUCAGCGGAUGUAAAAAGGGUUUUGAUAUCUUGUCACCGUUGCUUGAUUUACUUGGGCGAUCUUGCACGCUACAAAGGUCUGUAUGGAGAGCCUGACUCAAAAUCUCGUGAGUAUGCAGCAGCUUCAAGUUAUUAUCUCCAAGCUGCAUCUCUUUGGCCAUCUAUUGGGAAUCCCCAUCAUCAGCUGGCGAUUUUAGCUUCUUAUUCUGGGGAUGAUUUGCUUACUGUGUACCGAUAUUUCCGGAGUUUGGCUGUCGACAGCCCAUGUUCUACUGCAAGGGACAACUUGAUUGUUGCCUUUGAAAAGAAUCGUCAAAGUUUCUCUCUACUGCAUGGGGAUGCUAAAAGUUCUAUGGUCCGGUCUGCUGGAAAAGUGAGAGGACAGCAAGCCAAGCUUGCAUCUAGAGAUGCUGAAGCUGCAACUUUCAAAGAAAGUAAUUCCAACACCCAUGAUACCUACAACUCACUUUGCAUCCACUUUGUCCGUCUAAAUGGGAUUCUGUUCACUCGAACAAGCUCGGAGACCUUCGUGGAAGUCCUCUCUUCGGUUGUCACUGGUUUAUGUGAUCUUAUGUCUUCUGGGCCAGAAGAAGAGAUGAGUUUUGGCAAUGAUGCUGUUGAGAAUGGUCUUUUCUUUAUCAGGCUUGUGUCUAUCCUUAUAUAUACUAUUCAUAAUGUGAAACGCGAGAGUGAAGGCCAGAGUUAUGCAGAAAUUGUUCAGCGUGCUGUACUCCUUCAGAAUGCAUUGACUGCGGUUUUUGACAUCAUGGGACUAGUUAUGGAGAGAUGCGAACAAGUUCGUGAUCCUUCUUUGAGUUACCUCUUACCUGGCAUUUUGGUCUUUGUGGAAUGGUUGGCAUCUUAUCCUGAUGUUGCCAUGGGUGGCGAUGUUGAUGAGAAGCAGGCAACUGUUAGAUCAAAUUUGUGGAUUCAUUACGUCUCUCUUAUGAAUAAGCUUUUGUCGAUCGGGUCGAUGUCCAUAGAUGACUGUGAUGAUGAAAGUUGCUUUGAUAACAUGAGCAGAUAUGAAGAAGGGGAAACUGGAAACCGCCUUGCUUUGUGGGAAGAUUUUGAGUUGAGAGGAUUUCUGCCGCUUGUUCCUGCACAAACCAUUUUGGACUUUUCAAGAAAGCAUUCUUUUGGAAGUGAAGGGAUCAAGGAAAAGAAUGCUCGUGUUAAAAGAACUCUUGCAGCUGGGAAAGUGCUUGUAGGAGGGGUUAAAAUCAAUAACAAAACAGUUUGGUAUGACUCAAAGGCUAAGAAAUUUGUCGUUGGCGUUGAGAGUCAACUGUCAGCAGAGGAUAUUCAUCCUCCUGAUUCUACUGUGCCUAAGGCAAAUGACAUGUUGCUAGAAAAUGGAGCACAAAUGGCUGUGAAAACGGAGGAGUUCCAGUCGAAUUCUCAGCUAUAUGUGGAGGGGGAAGAGGAGGAUGAAGAGAUUGUUUUUAAGCCGACGGCAGCAGAGAAGCAAACAGAUACUGCUGUUCAAUAUAUGGUCUCUUCUAAGAUGUUGGAGCCACAGAAAAAUGCCUUUGGAAAUGAUCAACCCUUUCCAGUUUUUAAGCCAACAGCAGCAGAGAAGCAAACAGAUACUGCUGUUCAAUAUAUGGUCUCUUCUAAGAUGUUGGAGCCACAGAAAAAUGCCUUUGGAAAUGAUCAACCCUUUCCAGUUUUUAAGCCAACAGCAGCAGAGAAGCAAACAGAUACUGCUGUUCAAUAUAUGGUCUCUUCUAAGAUGUUGGAGCCACAGAAAAAUGCCUUUGGAAAUGAUCAACCCUUUCCAGUUGCUUCUAUGGCAGCGCCUCCUGAUAACUCUCUGCAUUUGACCUCUUCAGAUGCUUUUUCAUGGAACCCCAUUUCUGCUGGUAAUCUACAGCCUAUCACAUCUCAUACUUCAAAUUGGUUGACAGAAGAAACUAUGCUGUCUAAUGGCUUCAAAGAUCUAAAGAUGCUGGAGAAAGGGCAUCUGGCGCAUUCUGAGAUCAAUGAGAAUGCCACCAACUUUUUCCCUGCCGUUAAUUCAUUUCCGAUCAGACAGUCUGCUACUAGUAGCGACAGCUUGUUUUUGAAUCAGGCAAAUGCUCCAGAUGCCAUGGUUCCUUCACCCAUAUAUAAUUCUUUCAUGUCUUCUGGAGUUAAUGUUGAUGCUUUGGCUGUGAAGCCAUCAUCUACUUCUCCUGUAGUUUUAAAAAAGAAACCAGUUGCUAGGCCACUCAGACAUCUUGGCCCUCCUCCUGGUUUUAAUGCUGUUCCUAAGCAGGCCAAUGGACCCUUUUCUGGAUUAGACUUGACCCAUCAGAACCAAAUGUUGGAUGAUUAUAGCUGGUUGGAUGGGUAUCAGAUGUCUUCCGGAUUCAGGGGCCUAGUGAACAAUUCCAAUAGUUAUUCAUCUUUUGCAAACUUACCACCCAUUAGUGGCAGUGCUGCUUCAAUUGGGACCGUUAGCUUCCCGUUUCCGGGAAAGCAAGUUCCAUCAGUCCACCAAAUGGAAAUUCAUAAAGGCUGGUAUGAUCACGAGACUCUGGAUCAUCAGAAGCAGAUGCAGCAACCUCAGCAAAUAAUUAAUGGGAACCCACAGCUCGGUCCUUUGCCAGAGCAGUACCAAGGAUCAGUCUGGCCAGAUCAUCAUUUUGUGUGAGAUCAAUGUGACGGCAUGUUGCGGAAUGAUAUUGGUGAGACCCUCCUGCCAUAUCAAGCUCCAGUUAGGCGGAUCUAUCAAUGCUAAGUUUGUAUUGGAGUGUGGAUGGCCUUGGCUUUUAGAUUGGAAGUUCUACUUAGCAAUUGGACAGGUAAGCCAAUCUUUGAAGCUCAGGAGGAAAUCUUGGGAAGUUGGACAAUUUUAUAAUGCCAGGUUCGUAAGCAGCUAGCUGCUUCUUCUGGUAACCCUGGUCAAGAUAUGUUGGGUACUGAGAUCAUUAAUUGUUGGGGAUUGUUAUUAUAUCUGAAUGAUGGAAUGUGGAUGGCAUGCUCUCUGUUCUUCUGGGCUGUCACCGUGAUGAGUUUGGGCAUCAAGCAUCGGCAAUUUGCAAUGGGGGAUGCAUUUUGGUGGACCAGCUUGUCAGCAAUUUGAGAGCUCCAGUCAAGACUUUGGCACUGUCCGGCUGAUGCCGGGUGGUAUCUGAUGAGAAUAAUCCCAUGGAGAGCUAUGUGAUGGGGUCGAGUCUGAGUAAUGGAUAGACAAUGUGUCUGGAACCGAGUAUCUGCAUUUCUGUAUUUGCUUUAGUGGUUUGAAGAACUGAAAUAGAAGCCUUAGUUUGUCUUGUCUUUGUUGAAGUCCAGGUUGAGCUUCAGCACAAUAAAGUCCCCGUACUUUCCUUCUUUUUAGUGUCGGCGCAUCUGUCUGCGUCAUGCUUUUUCUAUCGACGUAUCUAUAUAUAUUGUCACACAAUUGGUUAGACAUAUGGAUUGUUUCAUGUUGAUUUGAUAC